GAUCCUUUCGAGAUUUUAAGAGCUGUUCGGGAAAAGUUGCCAAGAUGAAGCUGAUCGUCCUUGUUCUGUUGGUUGUCGUCUGCUUUGGAGCAUCUUCAGGUUUCUACGGAGGUGGAAUCAGAAGACAAACCACAACGCCAAGUGAAGAUCUGAAUGAUGCUCUUUGGUGGAUGAAGAAAGGAGAUGCCAAUGGUAAUACUGGCGACAAUGGUAAUACAGAUGACGGGAAUGACAAUGGAGACGACGAUAACAACGACGAUGAUGCUGAUGAUACCGAUGGUGGUCAAGUGAGUGGGGGUAAUCAAGGUGGACCGACCGGCAGGCAGACUGGUAAAGGAAACAAAGGUAACAAUGGAAGAAACAACAAUGGCGGGGUUAAGAAAAAUAAUGGCGGAAGAAACAACGGAAGGAACAAUAAUGGAAGAAACAAUGGCAAGAACAACGGAAGAAGAAACAAUGGAGGAAGAAAUAAUGGAAGAAACAAUGGCAGGAACAACAAUGGAAGAAGAAACAACGGAAGAAACAAUAAUGGAAGAAACAAUGGCAGGAACAACAAUGGAGGAAGAAACAACGGAAGAAACCCCAAUGGAGGAAGAAACAACAAUGGUGGAAGAAACAACAAUGGUGGAAACAACGGCCAAAACGGGUACAAUUACAAUGGAAGCGGCACUAACGGAAGAAUCGACAGUACCACAGCAGCUCGCACCACCCCUUACCACACCCCCAACCACUACUACACCCUCAACCACUACCACUGCCUUCGACCUGUGCGGGAAUUUGGCCGACAGCGGUUCCUGCAGCUUCUACACCCACCCACUGUGUCUGCAGAAAGGGUUGAACACCUGCCGUCCACUCCCAGUCCUUGCAGAGAAGAUCUGCACCCAGUCCGUCAUCAGAGAGCCCGAGUUUGAUAACGUGGGUCUCAGCUACAUCCAAAACGUGAGAAAGUGCACGACCAAGAAACUGCUUCCAUUUGUGAACUCUGAUGAAUGCGAUGAGAUCGACAAGCUGAUCCUGAACGGACACACCAAGAACCCUGGAUGCCUAUUUCAGGACGGGGAUUUCUGCGACGUUGCUGCCGACGCCCAAAACUGCGAAGCGCUGUACCACAUCUUUGGUCUCAGUCACGCUGGCGAGCUUCAAGCCAAACUGUUCACCACCUUCAACUCUUUGAUCACGAACUGCGACAGCAACACCCAGGCGAUCUUCAACGCCAACUUUGUCCUGAAGGUCCUCAACAGCCAGACUACCACUACUACCACUACAACCACUACAACCACUCCCAUGAUGAGGAUGAUGGGUGGAUUUGGUGGUGACUAGAUGGCCGUACGCUGGUCGGAAAUCGUGAAGACACAGAGAUUACAACCGAUGAAGUAUCACCGAGAUUGCGAUACGUGGUUGUGUAAUCGUGACUUUGAAAGAGGAAUAAAGGGUUGUAUUUCAUGAAA